GGCAGAGGGGGGCGCCGCUGUCCUCGCCGUCCGCCUGCCAUGGAGGAGCCGCUGUCGCUGCUCGUCCGCAGCCCCACGCAACGGCACCCCGAUCUCCGCCUCUGCGCCGGCCCCGCAUGGACCGUGCGCCGCCUCAAGGCCGAGCUGCGCCGCCUCGUCCCUGGGGCACCGCCUGAAGAGGACCAAAAGCUGAUUUAUUCUGGGAAGCUGCUGCUUGAUCAUCAUUAUCUGAGAGAGUUGCUGCCAGAGCAUGGGGAGUUGCAUGCUCUUCAUUUGGUAUACAACUUCAAGACUGCAAAUGUGCAAGAAACUAAUGCAGAGGUUAAAGCCGAUCAACACAAGUUAUUGUCAGAAGCCAGUCAAGAACCAUUUGUAUCUUCCUCAAAUGGUGAAAGACGGAGAUGCUCUUCUGGUGGCCAGUCGUCAGCAGAAGGCAGUAACAGGCUGGAAACGGUUCGGCAUCCCUUCCAAAAUGUGGCUUCUGGCUUCUCUGCAUAUACAACCUACAGCAUGCUUCAGAUGUCCUGGCUUCAGCAGAUUUAUGCAAGACAAUAUUACAUGCAAUACUUGGCUUCUACUGCUGCACCUGCUGACCCCUCCCAUGCACGGCGUUCUCAGGAGAUACCCGUGGCCCCAGUGACGCCCCCGGCUCCUCUCCCAGACCCGUUUCCUGCACAAAAUCAGCCUGGAAACCAGAAUGCCGCUGCCCAGGUUAAUGCAGCGGCCAACCAGAACUUGCGGAUGAAUGCCCAAGGGGGUGCCCUGAUGGAGGAAGAGGAGGAAGGCGGCAAUCGAGAUUGGUUGGAUUGGCUCUACUCAGCAACACUCUUCUAUGUUUUUGUCAACAUUGUCUAUUUCUACUCCAGUGUCAGCAGAUUCCUCCUGGUUAUGGGUGGCACUGUGCUGAUGUAUCUGCACCAUGUUGGAUGGCUUCCUUUUAGACGAAGACCGGUUCAGCCCUUUCCAGGCAAUGCUCCUCCUCAAGCUGCUGUGAACCAGGACCAGAACAAUAACUUACAGGGGGGAAAUGCAGGCAGAGCAGAUGAAUCCGAGGCACCUCCUGAUGAGGGACAAGUUUUACAAGAACUGCAGCAGGUCAACCCCUCACUUAUGAGCACGGCAUGGGUUUUUUUUAAGACUUUCUUUGCAUCCCUCCUUCCAGAAGGGCCUGGAGUGACCCGCAACUGACUUGUCACCAGUCUACUCGUCUGAAAGUGCAAUGGGACUUAGUCUACCUGAACGCAUCGGAUACCAACUCCAAACCAGGAGUGAAAGUGGAUGGCACUCCCUCUGACUUUCACUGACCAAGCAAAUAAAGCUGCGAGAAGCCUUAAGUCAUUACAGCCUAGAGACUGAGAUGCUUGCCCUCGUUCCAAAGAACUUUGUUCUGUAGCAUUUAUUAGGUACCUGUGUAGAGGCUUGCCAUUGUAAACUUUGUGCUCUAAAUGCACAGGCUCUAAGCAGGUGUGCAAAAAUGUUAGAGAAGCAAAUUGCUUCUUCUGUGCAAUGUGAUUCCUGUUGGAAUGUUUCAAAUGCUAUUUAAAUUACACUGAGUGUAGGAUCUCAAAAAAAAAAAAGUAAAAUCAUGGAAUCACGGAAUAUUUCAGAGUCGGAAGGGACCUCUAGAGAUCAUCUAGUCCAACUCCCCUGCUAAAGCAGGAUUGCCUAGAGCACAUUACUCAGGACUGCAUCCAGGCGGGUCUUGAAAGUCUCCAGAGAAGGGGACUCUCCACAACCUCCCUGGGCAGCCUGUUCCAGUGCUCUGUCACCCUCACCGUAAAGAAGUUACGAAAAUGGUUACAAGACAGCAAAACAUCUGCUGUGUUGUCUUGAGGUAUUUGCUACUCCCACAAGCAGGCAGAGUGGUUUGAAAUUAGCUGGAAGACUAAUGAAGCAUAGCUAAUGUUGCUGGAGGGGUGUUGUGAGGCUCCUGGGCCUUACGGAAUGUUUCUGUAAUGGCUUAGUUCAAUGUGUACCUCUGUUUGCCCUUGGGGUGGAGGGACACUGUGACAACAGCAGAGGACGCUGGGCAAAUAUUGUGAAUUGCAAACAGUGUGUAAUCAGGCAGAGACAGCUGCCGGUGCCGCAGCCGGGCAGGACAGCAGUGCUUGGCCGGGGGCUCUGAGCACCAGGGACCGAGCCAGCCUAGGAGCGUGGUGUGGGCCCUAACUCCUGUUCCCAAUCCCUGCCCAGGGGAGGCCUCAGCUUUGCCGGAGACAGCCUGGGAGCAAGUGGGGAUGACAGAGGUGUGGGAGCAGCGGGAGGAACCGAGGCAGUGUAAGGGCAGCGUGUGCAGACUUGUAAGUAGUGAUGACAAGGCAGGGGGUAUAGCCUGUGGGUGAGACAGUGUGAGCCUUAAAUUAGUUGAGGGAAUCUGGGUUAGAGAUUAGGGGAAAAAUAAGCCUUGAAACUUGCAGGGCAAGGCUGCUGAAAGAAUGUAGGAGUCCCAGAGGUUUUCUGGGAAUAACAUGACCCCGUGCUAGGGCCCAAGUGCUGAAUUUGCAGAGAACAGAGAGGACCUCAAGGCUGUGGGUUUAGGAGGCCGUGUUUGUCUUGGCUCACACUUCAACCUGAGUGAUUCUGCUGUUUAAAUCCUCUUGGUGCAUGCAGCACAGCUGGAGUGAACCUCCCUGCUCAGCCAUGGGCGUGCUGCAGGGCUGCCCUGGAAGCAGGAGGGUUUGUGCAGGUGGUGAUGGUCCACAGGGUAGCAAAGUGGGCAGCAGAAUAAACCCAGCUUCUCUACUGCUUUGUCUCCUGAAAUCCUCUGGCAGCUUCCACCAGUUGAAAGCAGACCUCUGUCCUUGCUGGAAAACAAGCUGAGGGAGAAAAAUACUGGCUGCCUUGAGCACCUUUCUUCUUGCUGCAGAAACUUCUAACAGGCUGCUUACUUGAGGAGUCAUUGAAGUCCUGUUUGUCACCAAGGGUGUGCUCCUGUCCUCAAGUCGUGGAACAUAAAGCUCAUAAGAAUGAGGUUGCUGGUGAGCAGAUAAGCUGGGGGGGGGGGGGGGCUGACUUCCCCUUUUCUCCAGAGAGACGUUUCACUUGUGCACGUGCUGGUUGUCUCAGCAGCCAGGGAUGUCCCAAGGGCUGCGCACUAGCCCAGCGAAGCGUUAGAACCUCCCUCUGCUCUUUGCUCUGUGAUCCAUUUGUAGCUGUUUGAGGCCUGUGGGAUUUGCAGAGCUGUGCAUCCCAAGGGUCUCUUCUCGGAGAUGCGUCAGGCCAGCCGGAGGUCAUCCCACGGCUAUUCCUCCACCCUGUUACCGAAAGUGCCAACUGCACCUUCACCACCUCAUCCCAGCCCCUCUGCUUCCUGAGAACAGCUCUCGAAAUGUCUGCUAGUAUUGAAAGUUGUCUCCAUGUCAAAGGGAAUGAUAUCGUGGAGGUAAAACCAGGCCUGGUGUACAGCCAGGGUCACAAAAUGGUGGUGAGGGGCUUGAGGUCUGUCAAUGCUCAGCUGUCUGCCAAGGAGGGUUGGGCAAAUGCUGGGAGAUGUUUCUUCUAGGCCCAUGUCUGUGUCUGCUCAUUGGCCUGUGCUACAGAGGAACCCCCCAGAAUUUCCUAUAUUGGCACUGAAAGUUGUAUUUGCUGCUGUUUUGGUUUUUUGGUUUCUUUUUUCAGUUGAUUUGGCAGUGUGGAGUCAGUGCUGCAGAAACACAGCUGGUUUCUUUUCCAGCCUUCAACCCAGCUGCCUUUGGCAACCUCAGCUGGGGAAAGCCGGUGCUGAGCUAGGGCCACCUGUGUGUGGCAGCUUAUCUUUUGUGUUUUGGUAGGGAACAGAAUAGAUCAAGGCCAUGUUGGAUGUGGUUUUGAGAAACCUGGUCUAGUGGAAGGUGUUGCUGCCCAUGGCAUUAGAUGGUCUUUAAGGUCCCUUCAAACCCAAACCUUUCCAUGAAAUCAGGUUGGUUUCAGAAGAAUUUAAUGGGAAUCCAUGCGAGAUGUUGUUCACAAAAGCCCUCGUGGUUGGUUUACCCUCCCAAGUGAUAGUCUGUUAAAAUCUC